AUGUCGAACCUUCCCUUCGAGCCCGAAUUCGAGCAGGCCUACAAGGAGCUUGCCUCCACUCUUGAGAACUCCACUCUCUUCCAGAAGAAGCCCGAGUACCGCAAGGCCCUCCAGGUUGUCUCCGUCCCCGAGCGUGUCAUCCAGUUCCGUGUUGUCUGGGAGGAUGACAAGGGUCAGGUCCAAAUCAACCGCGGUUACCGUGUCCAGUUCAACUCUGCCCUUGGUCCCUACAAGGGUGGCCUCCGGUUCCACCCUUCGGUGAACCUGUCCAUCCUGAAGUUCCUCGGCUUCGAGCAGAUUUUCAAGAAUGCCCUGACCGGCCUCAACAUGGGUGGUGGUAAGGGUGGUUCCGACUUUGACCCCAAGGGCAAGUCCGACAAUGAGAUCCGCCGCUUCUGUGUCUCCUUCAUGUCCGAGCUCUGCAAGCACAUCGGCGCCGACACUGACGUCCCCGCCGGUGACAUCGGUGUCACCGGCCGCGAGGUCGGCUUCAUGUUCGGCCAGUACAAGAAGAUCCGCAACCAGUGGGAAGGUGUCCUCACCGGUAAGGGCGGCAGCUGGGGUGGUUCUCUCAUCCGCCCCGAGGCCACCGGCUACGGUGUCGUCUACUACACCGAGCACAUGAUCAAGCACGCCAGCGGCGGCAAGGAGUCCUUCGCCGGCAAGCGCGUCGCCAUCUCCGGAUCCGGCAACGUCGCCCAGUACGCUGCCCUGAAGGUCAUCGAGCUCGGCGGUUCCGUCGUCUCCCUCUCCGAUUCCCAGGGUGCCCUCGUCCUCAAGGGUGAGGAGGGUUCUUUCACUCCCGAGGAGAUCGACACCAUCGCCGCCAUCAAGGUCGAGCGCAAGCAGAUCUCCGAGCUCGCCACCCAGGCCGCCUUCGCCUCCAAGUUCAAGUACAUCCCUGGUGCCCGUCCCUGGACCAACAUCGCCGGCCGCAUCGAUGUCGCCCUCCCCUCUGCCACCCAGAACGAGGUCUCCGGCGACGAGGCCAAGGCCCUGAUCGCCGCCGGCUGCAAGUUCAUCGCCGAGGGCUCCAACAUGGGUUCCACCCAGGAGGCCAUCGACAUCUUCGAGGCUCACCGUGACGCCAACCCCGGCGCCGCUGCCAUCUGGUACGCCCCCGGUAAGGCCGCCAACGCCGGUGGUGUCGCCGUCUCCGGACUCGAGAUGGCCCAGAACUCCGCCCGUGUCAACUGGACCCGCGAGGAGGUCGACUCCCGUCUCAAGAACAUCAUGGAGGACUGCUUCAACAACGGUCUCGCUACCGCCAAGGAGUACGUCACCCCCGCCGAGGGUGUUCUUCCUUCCCUGGUUGCUGGCUCCAACAUUGCUGGCUUCACCAAGGUCGCUGAGGCCAUGAAGGACCACGGUGACUGGUGGUAA